GAUGCUGACGAGAGAGAGCCCGGCGCUCGUACAUUUUUAUGAGACACCACCGUCCACUGCAAUUCUGAGUCGUAGGCUAUAGAACAGGAAACGCACUGGAAAUGUAACGAUGGAUAGAUAAUCUCGAUCGUUUGGCAUUGCUCGGACAGCAAUAACGAACGACAGCGGACAGACAGCGUGCGAAAUUUGUCAAAGGGCAGCAGCAGCUAAUGCUUCACUUUGUUUGAAAUUCAGCCAGCGACAGAAUGAUAGAGGAGGGCAGUAAACGAGGCAAAGCGAUGGUGGAGAAGAGACAACUCUUCAUGGAGAUGAGGGCACAAAACUUUGACGUCAUCAGGCUGUCAACCUAUAGGACAGCCUGCAAGCUAAGAUUUGUGCAGAAGAGAUGCAACCUUCACUUGGUGGACGUGUGGAACAUGAUUGAGGCGUUCCGUGAUAGCGGUCUGAACACGCUGGACCACAAUGCAGAGAUCAACGUGUCUAGACUGGAGACGAUCCUAUCCUCGAUCUAUUACCAGCUCAAUAAGCGUCUGCCCACCACACAUCAGAUCAACGUAGAGCAGUCCAUCGGCCUGCUGCUCAACUUCAUGGUGGCCACAUACGACAGUGAAGGCCACGGGAAACUGACCGUUUUCUCGAUGAAGUCCAUGUUGGCAACCAUGUGUGGAGGGAAAAUAGUGGACAAACUACGUUAUAUAUUCUCCCAGAUCUCUGACUCUAAUGGUGUGAUGGCCUUUGCUAAGUUUGACCAGUUUCUGAGGGAGGUUCUAAAGCUGCCCACAGCUGUGUUCGAGGGCCCGUCGUUUGGAUACACAGAACACUCCGUACGGACAUGCUUCCCUCAACAGAAGAAGAUCUUGCUGAACACUUUUUUGGACAUUUUGAUGGCAGAUCCUCCUCCUCAGUGCCUCGUGUGGCUACCUCUCAUGCACCGGCUCGCUAAUGUUGAAAAUGUCUUCCAUCCCGUGGAAUGUUCCUAUUGCCGGAGUGAAAGUAUGAUGGGGUUCCGUUACCGGUGCCAACAGUGCCAUGGCUACCAACUCUGUCAGAGCUGCUUCUGGCGUGGCCAUGCCAACGGUCCCCAUAGCAACCAGCAUCAAAUGAAGGAGCACUCCUCUUGGAAGUCUCCGGCUAAAAAGCUGAGCCACGCCAUCAGUAAGUCUCUGGGCUGUGUCCCCAUUGGAGAGCCACCUCAUCCAAUGUUCCCUGAGCAGUCUGAGAAACCGCAGGACACCAUGGCCCACACUGUUCAGCCGAAGCCAGUGGCCAACAAUAUGAACAACACAAUGCUCAUGUCGUCUGGGGCACCUACUCCUACUAAAAGUGUCUUGGAGAGUCCCAGCAGGCUAGACGAGGAGCAUCGUCUGAUUGCUCGCUACGCAGCGCGCCUGGCAGCUGAGGCAGGCAACUCCACAGUGAGUAGCUCCACACAAUGUCCUCCAACAGAUCUGAGUUUCAACUUUGAUGCCAACAAACAACAGAGGCAGCUAAUAGCAGAACUAGAGAACAAGAACAGAGAGAUCCUUCAGGAGAUCCAGCGACUGCGUCUGGAGCAUGAGCAGGCCUCCCAGCCCACCCCCGAGAAGGCCCAGCAAAACCCCACACUGCUGGCCGAACUCAGGCUCCUUAGGCAUAGGAAGGAUGAGCUGGAGAGGCGCAUGUCAGCCCUACAGGAGAGCAGACGGGAACUGAUGGUCCAGCUCGAGGGACUGAUGAGGCUACUCAAGGAUGAGGAGCAGAAGCAGGCAACCCAGACGGGAGGCUCACCCCACUCUUCCCCCAGCCAUGGGGCAGGCUGCUCCAUGCCCAUGCCCAUCCGCUCCACCUCAGCUGGGUCCACCCCCACCCACACACCCCAGGACUGCCUGGCCGGGGUGGGGGGGGACGUGCUGGAGGCCUUCGCUCACGGUGUACCUAGAAAUCUUCGUAAUGAUCUGUUGGUCGCUGCAGAUUCAAUCACAAACACCAUGUCAUCACUCGUCAAAGAACUCCACUCAGAUGAUGCUGCAGAGGAAGAGGACAACAACAUGAGGAACGGAGGCCUAAGGGACAGGGCCGAGGCAGAAUGAAAAGAGUGGAAAAAGCACAGUGAGAGAAGUAAAGCAUAGAGGGAGCAACAACCACUCCAUCUAUACCGGAUGUCAGACUGGACAUGACUGGAAAAGAGGAAUCCAAAUGAGAAUCAGUCACAACAACCAAACCCUUCUAUCAGGCAUAAGCACGUAGAGUAAUGCAUGCUGUUAUCAAACAGGAUUUCACUGUGUGAACUACUAUCAAACAUGUUUAUUACACCUUGCUGCGGAAAAAAAGCAAGAUGCUUCUAUUAGCGAGUGUAUAUGUUGUUCUGUAUAAAAACUUAAAGCUGUAAUUAUUAUGUAUUGAUUGAUUCCCCUCAUCAUGACUGCAACGGUCAAAGGUCUAAAGGAGUGGCUUGCUGUGCUUUCUCUCAACCCGUAUUGUCAAUAACAGACCAUUCUGUGUGCAUACCAAAUGGAACCCUAUUCCCUAUAUCGUGCAGUACUUUUGACCAGUGCCCUAUAGGCCCUGUUCAAAAGUAGUGUACUACAUAAGGAAUAGAGUGCCAUUUGGAACGCUGUCUAUCUAUCUGUAUAUACUGUACACAUUAUACAUGACCUUGGGAACACAGCACUGACCACGACCUGAAAGCAACCUAUUUUCAUGAUGAUGAUAUGUUCCCUAGCCUUCAUUGCUUUUGUAUCAUUAGAGAUGGCUAGCUAGUAUGUUUUCAUUAGGGGUUUUGCAUGAAGUUGCACUGUCCUGAGUCUGACUGGGUGUACUGUAGGUAGGUAGGUAGGUACCAUGUUAUGCCAGCUCUUUGUGGGUUUAUCAGUGUUUCUCAACCUGUGGUCCGCGGGCCAGCACGGGUCCCAAUGAUGUUGCUGAUCGGUCCCUCAGAUAGUGAGCCGAAACUGAUUUAAUCAGUUCUCAAGUGCUAGUUUUAAUCUAAGUGGUCUUCAUUGGAGGAAGGGCUGUAGCUGGUCCUUGCAGUUCCCUGGUACAAAAAAGGUUGAGAAACGCUUGGUUCUAAUGACUGCUAGGAUCUGUAGUCCUGUAUAUUGUCAUGCCUCAGAGUUCACUUUGGUCGUGCCCCAAAUGGCACCCUAUUCCCUAUAUAGCGCACUACAUUUGACCAAGGCCUAUAGGGCUCUGGUCAAAAGUAGUACACUAUAUAGGGUAUAGGAUGUAAUUUAGGACAGCCUGAGUCACAUACUGCUGCUACUGCGUGCUCACUCUAUGUCGUGAGACACCCUUGCAAAAAUAUGAGGGCUGUUUGUUUGUUUGGUUAAAGGGAGCCUAGUAUUGGGGCUAUUGUUGUCAAUGCUAAACGUUUAAUUUCAUCAGGGAAUCGUCCCUUUGUUAUAAACAGAUUUAUUAUUCUC